GUUGGGUUUUUUUUUUAAUAUAUAAUUUCAGUCUUACUUUUGUUAACUUUGAUUUGGCUGGCUGAGAUAUGAAUUUGGCACAUUCGCCAAAUUUCAAGUCUAGUAGCUAUAGGACUACAGCUGAAACCUGAUCUUGCAUUUGUUUUCUACGAUAUGGUGAAAGACAUACCAGUUAAUCGUGUAUUUAAUUAUCUUUGUUAAUUCAAAUUUGAUAUUUUUUCUUGUUUUUUUGUUUUUGUUUUUUUGUUGUGUUUUUUCUAAUUAUAGCAGCAAAUAUCUUGUUAGACGAUCAUGGCAACGUUAAGCUUGCAGACUUCGGUAUAUCGAGAGAAAUGAAGGACAAAACUUCGUCUAUGCCGAGUAUCACCAAAGGAUGCGGAACGUGGCAUUACAUGGCACCCGAGGUUUCCAGAGGAGAAAGAUAUGGUCGCUCGAGCGAUAUAUGGAGUUUCGGCUGUGUUGUGGUGGAGCUGUCGACGGGGCACCCACCUUACCAUGAGCUGGAGGGUCCUCAGGCCACUUUCAAGGUGGCUGAAGAGGAAGCGAUCCACCAGGGCUACUCCCUAAGUGAGCGAGCUCCUGAAGAUCUCCAAAUGCUUCUCCUCAAGAUCUUCCAGUACGACAGAAGGCAGAGGUCGACAGCUCGACAACUGCUCGAAGAAGACCCGUAUGUCAACGAUGUGACCGCAUGGCACACGACGAAACCAAGGAAGCACUAUCACUAGUUGUGGGUCUAUCUGCAGAGUAUAUUUCAAAAUAUUCGUUUUGGUGUCGGAUAGAAUAUUAUUGUUUGUACAUCAAAUGUUUCUGGUAUUCCUACUGUUUAUAGUAAUGUUACUGUGGAAGAUUUACAGCUAUAUUUAAAUGUACUUUUUAUAUACAUUGUAUAUGUAUAUGCUAACAAUCAGACCGAAUUAUUGUGAAACUAAAUUACAGGAUCAAGAACACUACAGAUGUUUAAUUAUUGCCCGCAGCUGAUACACGGCCUUCCAACAAACAUAGCUUUUAAUUAUUAUGUCAGCAGUUAGCGUUACAAUUUAUCAUGUGACAUUGAGAUGAAUUUCCAAGGAACACGAAGACCCAGAGACAGACCGAGGAGCGAGGUGAGGCUCAAGGGGAGUCAAUGUUGGGGCCUUGAAUCAUUGCUAUACAUGGUAUUAUUGUAUAUACAUAAACGAUACAUAAUUAAAGGUAUA